AUGAACUGGAGAGUUAAGCUGGUCUUAAUAUCUGUCACAAUCCCACUCAUAUAUGAAUGUUUCAAAUUGGGUGGACUGUAUUUUAGACAAACGGAACUGGAACAGAGUUAUGCUUUGCGGUCUUCCGUGUUGAGAUCCAAAUACGAUGACGAACUCAAAAAACGGUACGUCUUUGAAUUAGAAACAGAGAUGAAAUUAUCCUCCCAUACAUACGACAACAAUGCAUUGAACAGACGAAGGGAUAAAAAUGCAGCGAGGGGGUACCAACGAGAGAAUGCGACGUUAUUGAUGCUGGUAAGGAAUAUGGAGUUGGAAGGAGCCUUGGAUUCGAUGAAGUCGCUGGAAGACAGCUUCAAUAGGAUGUACCACUACGAUUGGACGUUUAUGAAUGAUGUUCCCUUUUCCCCUGAAUUUAUAGAGGCUACGACAGCGAUGGCCAGUGGCAGGACUCAAUACGCAUUAAUACCCUCGGAAGAUUGGGACAGACCACAAUGGAUCAACGAAACGAGAUUCGAAGAGGCGUUAAAUACGAUGGAGGAGGACGGUGUAUUAUACGGCAACUCCAAGUCAUACCGCAACAUGUGCAGGUUCAACUCCGGGUACUUCUUUAGGCAGAAGAUCCUGGAUGACUAUGACUACUAUUUCCGUGUGGAACCUGAUGUCCGAUAUUUCUGUGAUUUCCCCUACGACCCGUUCAGGAUAAUGAGAGAGCAACAAAAGAUUUAUGGGUUUGUGAUCUCUCUUUACGAGUACGAAAACACAAUUGAGAGUCUUUGGGAUGCCGUUUCAGAGUACAUUGAGAAGGAUGGUGGGCAUGACAUUGACAUGAACUCCAAUUCGUACAAUUUUUUGACGGAUAAGAGCAAGAUUGGAAUGUACGAGCCUGUUACUGGGAGCCACUCGGAUUACAAUCUGUGUCAUUUCUGGUCCAAUUUCGAGAUUGGUGAUUUGAACUUCUUUAGAAGCGAGAAGUACAUUAAGUUUUUCGAGCAUUUAGACGCCAAAGGUGGGUUUUACUAUGAGCGGUGGGGGGACGCUCCAGUUCAUUCGAUUGCGGUGGCUCUACUGUUAAACAAAGAUGAGAUUAUACAUUUUGAUGGGAUCGCAUACGAGCACCAACCUUUCAACACAUGUCCAAUCUCCACAACUCUACGAAUGGACCAACGAUGUCGUUGUGAUAUUGCGGACGAACAUAACAUCGGGAUUACACCACAUAGCUGUCUUAUGAGAUGGUGGAAGAACGGCAGCGGGAAAUCUUUCCUACGAGAGGACAAUUAG